AUGACGACACCCGAAGAACAAAUCCACAGAGUAUGGAGAAGAUCGGUGGAAGCAUCUCACGAGUUUCUGAGCCCAGCAGAGAUCGAUGAGAUCGAUCAACAGCUGACGGUCAGUCGAUUCUUCCACCAGGACGACUUCAUAUUGCACAGAGACGACUCUGGCACCAUCAAGGCCUUUGUUCUUGUUUCGGAAACAGACACCCAGACACACAUGGAGGCGUUGUUUGUGGAUCCAGAAUGCUUCGGGUCGGGAAUCGGGUCUCAGCUCGUACAAAGAGUGGUGGAACAGGCGAGGCAGAAAGGCCAUACUGCGGUUCUGGUUGACGUCAACGAACAGAACCCCCGGGCGGCGCAAUUCUACGCAAAAAUGGGCUUUAAACAGUACAGUCGAAACGAGCUGGAUGACCAGGGUCGCGCCUAUCCCAUUCUGCUUCUUUCGAGACCAGUAGACUAG